AUGUACAAAUAUGGACCCAGUGCCAUCAGCAGUUCACCCAACAAUGCUAACACUCUGACAGAUAUAGCAGCAUCCAUUCUGGAGAAUUCCCUCGCUCCUAAUUCAAGGGCAGCUUAUGAAAAAACUUUUGGUUUUUAUUCCGACUUUAUGUCAACCUACUUUCCUAAUGUCUCUUUACUGCCUCCUACUACUGAGCAUUUGGCACAUUUUAUUGCUUUUUGUUUUCAAAGUAAUAUCGCAGCAUCAACCUUGAAAACGUACAUUUCGGCUCUUAGUUAUAAUUUCAAAGUUCAAGGUUUUGAAGAUCCAUCACAACAAUUUGCGAUUCGCAAAAUGCUGCAGGGAUAUCAAAAGCUAAAGGCUAUAGGAAGUGACACAAGAUUGCCCAUAACAACGUCAAUUCUGAAACAGCUGGUGACUUCUCUGGACAAGUUAAGCAUUUCAGCCUAUCAAUGUAGUAUGUUAAGAGCAAUGUGUUUGCUGGCUUUUCAUGCCUUUUUAAGGGUUGGGGAAAUUAGAGUCUCGUCUUCUACAGACGGUAAAAAUGUAUUGACUCUUGCAAAUGUAAAACUCGUCUCGGGUAAAUUAAAUUCUUGUGAAUCUCUCGAGAUUACAAUGGAUAAUUUCAAGCAUAGUGCAGGCAAACACAUCGCUACACUGAUUCUUCAAAGAAACAAAUCUGAUCAAUUUUGUCCUGUUCAGGCUAUUCAGCUAUUUCUUAAACUUAGAGGCCUGUCACCAGGUCCUUUGUUUGCAUAUCCAAAUGGCGAUGGAUUACUAAGACAGCAUUUUACAAAUUUUUUGCAAAUGUCACUCAAAUGGGCAGGGCUUAAAACGAGUCAUUAUAAGGGUCACAGUUUUCGAAUAGGAGCUGCGACCUGUGCUGCAGCAAUGGGGAUUUCAGAGAAAAUCAAGCGAAUGGGAAGAUGGCAUUCAGAUACUUUUAAGAAGUACAUAAGAAUUCCUGUGCUUCAUAUGUAG